GGUCCCACAUAUUCCCCCCUCCUCGUCCUCUCUGUUCCCUCUGGAAAAGCUUGCUUCUCAUUCUUCUCGCCCUCUCCCUGCUUCUGGUUAACGAUAUCCAGAUCCAACUUCCUACUAUUUCGGAGAAAGAUUUUCUGAACAAUGGCUCACCUUCCGUCGAAACAUGCUUUGUCUUCCUUAUCGAUUUUCCAGUUCUCUUCUCAUUCAAAUUUGGCUUCUGAUUGCUCGGGUUUAGGCUAUGGGGUCAUGGAUUAUCGGAGAUGGAGAAGAAAUUUCCGUUUCCAGUUAAAGCUUAAUCGGAGCUUCAGAUUAUUGAUUGAUCCGAAGCUUAGGGUUUCCUGUAAACUUCAGGACAAUCGCACUCCAAGCGAAGGUGAAGAGCCUCCUGAGUCAUUGUUCAUGAAAGAAUUGAAGAGACGAGGCAUGAAUCAUACUUCAUUACUUGAAGAAAGCAAAAAAAGAGUAUAUGAGGAUGACAUGAAAUUCAAGGAAGAAGACAGAGACUCGUCUCGUAAAAAUGCUAUCUCAAUGGAAUCUGGAAGCAGUUUAUAUAAUCAGAGAGAGCAGUCUAUGGUUCUGAAUAGUGAAGGCAUUGAGGGCCUAAUUCCGCGUGCUAAGCUUUUGCUUACCCUUGGAGGGACAUUCUUUUUGGGAUUAAUGCCAUUGAUCUUACUAAUCAUUGCAUUUUUCUCUGCUUUGUACCUGUAUUUCGGACCCACAUUUAUCCACGAGGCCAAUACCACCCAUAGCACUCCAUCCAAAUAUAUUGAUCCUUAUGCACUGCUUGAGGAAGAAAGGAUAUCAUAAACUGCCCCUGAUCUAUAUUCAAGAAUUAAACUUCACUUGACAUAUACCGAGUAUAGCUUUCCUUCAAAUGGAUUAUGAAAAUGAACAAACUUUGAUAGCAAAUAAUACAAAGACAAAGCUGGACACUUAUUUGCACGAUCCUAAAGAGGCACAAACACCAGACUUUGAUAUACUAGACUUCUGGAGAAGGAAUGAGUCUCGAUACGGACAGCUAUGUUACUUAGCCAGAGACAUUUUAACUGUCCCUUUGACAACUGUGGCUUCAGAGUCAACAUUUAGCAUAGGAGGUAGGGUCUUGAACAAAUGGAGAAGUUCUUAUCUACCUGAGAAUGUCGAGGCCUUGAUUAUGGCACGUAGUUGGUUGUAUGGAUAUGAAGAAAAUGCGGAAGAUGACUUCUUUGGUGUUGACGUCGAUUGGAAUGCAAGUACCUCAAUUUGAAGUAUAAAGGUUAUUGAAAGACUCGUCCCAAUCAGCAGCUACUAUAGAUAUUCCCAAUGACCAUUUAUCAAAGGCUACCAGCAAUUCUACCAUCUAUGGACGUUUGCAUUAUAUUUCCACUUUUGGAUCAUGACUAUUGAAUACUAUAUAUUUUAAUUAUCACUAGAUGACUACUUUUUGGUGUUUAGCAAGAUUCUCAUCUCUAUUUUAUUACUGGUUUGCUUUAUUUUAUCGCAUGUAUGCUUAGAUUUGGA